AUUGUUUCCACCCCCAUUUUUCAAGCUUUAUAUUUUUUAUAUUUUUAUUUUUAUCCAGCAAAAAAAAACAUGCCAUUUUCUCGUGCUUUUCAUGGUCGUAGUUGGCUCGACGUCGUGUAUUUCUUCUACUUUGUAUCUCACAUCCCCAUCACCGUGUUUUCCGAUGCCGCUCCGCUGCUCCCCGCCGAUCUGCUCCCAGGAUUUAUGUUAGAGCUCAACCGCAUCCUUACCGAGCAGCUGUCUGAUCCGCUUAUGAUUAUUGGCGCCACGCGCUCGGAUAUGACCUGGUUCAGAUCGAUGUUAACAUGCGAGCUCGUUCUGCAGCUUCCAUUUUUCUUUUACGCCGCCUAUGCGUUGUGGACCAAUAACCCCAAUAGACACGCACCACUGCUUGUUUAUGGUGCGCAUGUGAGCACGACUAUGGCGCCUGUGCUUGGUACCCUGAUGCUUGGCGAUAUUGACCGCACCUUCCACCAGCGACUCUUGCUUCUUGGGCUUUAUUUGCCAUACCUCUUGAUUCCCCUGUCCAUUGUUGCUGUGUCCUUCAACAAGUGUGCCCAUGCACUUUCGGUGUUUAAUGCCAAGCAGAAAACCAGCUAAUUAGGGCUUUGCCACAUACUUUUAUCUAAACAUUUGUUAAUUGAUAUUCAAUACCAUUAAUAUCAAAAAUAAAA